AUGACACCGCUAACUGUUCAGAUGGUGAACGACUAUACUGACGCUGAAUAUCUGGGCAAUAUCACGAUUGGUACACCACAGCAAGAUUUUCGCGUUAUCCUCGAUACGGGCUCAUCAAAUCUGUGGGUACCUGAUUCGAGCAGUCGGGAUAGCAGAGUUUGCGCGGUGAAGCAGUGCUUUGAUUCGUCCGCAUCAUCCACCUACAAAGCUGACGGCAGAGAAUGGUCAAUCCAAUAUGGGAGUGGAGCUUCGUCAGGGUUCUUCGGUGAAGACGUGGUUCGCUUCGGUGGAGAAGGAUCAACUCAAUUAGUCGUUCCAAAUACGAUAUUUGGUCAAGCGUUAGUACUCAGUAAGUCGAUCAUAAGGGAUGACUUGGAUGGAAUUCUUGGUCUGGCA